GGCGCCUCGCGGCAUGGCGGCCCCGGCCAAGCGCGCGCGGGUAGGUGGCUGCUCGUCCGUCGCCGCGCCCUGCCCGGCCCCGAGGGUUGCCCGCGCGCCCCUGCCACCUUCGGGUCCCGGGCGCGGCCACGUCACUUCCUUUUCCCCGCUGGCGGCGGCGGGGCCCAGCGGCGGCGAGCCCAGGGGCGACGCAGUGGCCGGCUUCCUGCGCUGGUGCGCCGGAGUGGGGCUGGAGCUGAGUCCCAAAGUGGCGGUGACCCGGCAGGGCACGGUGGCCGGCUACGGCAUGGUGGCGCUGGAGAGCGUGCAGCCCGGGGAGCUGCUGUUCGCCGUGCCGCGCUCCGCGCUUCUGUCUCCCCACACCUGUUCCAUCAGCGGCCUGCUGGAGCGAGAGCGAGGCGCCCUGCAGAGCCUGUCGGGGUGGGUGCCGCUGCUGCUGGCGCUUCUCCACGAGCUGCAGGCCCCAGCCUCACCCUGGAGCCCCUACAUCGCGCUCUGGCCAGAGCUGGGGCGUUUGGAGCAUCCCAUGUUUUGGCCAGAGGAGGAGCGGCUGCGCCUUCUAAAGGGUACCGGUGUUCCGGAGGCGGUGGAGAAGGAUUUGGUGAACAUCCGUAGCGAAUACUAUUCCAUCGUCCUGCCCUUCAUGGAGGCUCAUUCGGAUCUCUUCAGCCCCUCCGUUCGCUCCCUGGAACUUUAUCGCCAGCUCGUGGCCCUUGUGAUGGCUUAUAGCUUUCAAGAACCUCUGGAGGAAGAUGAUGCUGAAAAGGAGCCCAACUCCCCCUUGAUGGUGCCUGCUGCAGACAUACUAAACCACAUAGCCAAUCAUAAUGCCAAUCUAGAGUACUCUGCAGAUUCUCUCCGGAUGGUAGCUACUCAGCCCAUUCCUAAAGGUCAUGAAAUCUUCAACACAUACGGGCAAAUGGCUAACUGGCAGCUGAUUCAUAUGUACGGUUUUGCUGAGCCCUACCCUGACAACACAAAUGACACAGCUGACAUUCAGAUGGUGACAGUCCGAGAUGCUGCGCUGCAGGGAACAAAGGAUGAAACUGAAAGGCUGCUCUUGUGUGAACGCUGGGAUUUCUUGUGCAAACUGGACAUGGUAGGGGAAGAAGGAGCCUUUGUAAUUGGUCGUGAGGAGGUGCUGACUGAAGAGGAGCUAGCCACCACACUCAAGGUACUGUGCAUGUCUCCUGAGGAGUUUAGCGCCUAUGAAGAGCAGCCUGGCUGGGGAGAGGAAGAAAGGGAAGAGGACGGCCUGGCCAUCAUAAAUAUUCCCAAGCUCCAAGAGUCAUGGAGACGGCUUCUUCGAGACAGCGUUCUGUUGACCCUACAGACCUAUGCCACAGACUUAAAAACUGAGCAAGAUUUACUUGGUAAUAAGGAGGUCUAUGCCCAGCUCAGCUGGCGGGAACAGCAAGCCUUACAGGUCAGAUAUGGUCAGAAGAUGAUCUUAUAUCACUUGUUGGAACUCACAAGUUAAAAGCUUCCUGAAUACCCAGCAGUGAGAAGCUUGGUUUUAGGCUCAUGUUUUGUUGGAAAUUUGGGACUUUUGAUGUUAGGCAGUUAAAAGGAAGCGAGUUACAUGUGGAUAUUGUAGGACUGAGCUCACAUUUGGUAAUCACUGUCAAUUAACUCAGAACAUUCUAUUCUUACUAAUUCCAACAGAUUUAAUAGAUUUAAAUAGUAGAAUUUAAUAAAUAUCAUGGACGGAGCUCAA